UUUACAGUGUGUUCUGUUGUAUACUAAUCUUUAUUUCCAAUUUUAUUUUAGGCAAAUAUUUAUACACGCCAAAAUUAAUUUGCCUUUUCUAAGUAAUUUCAUUAGUCUGUAAAUCAAUCUUAUUAAAAUUUAAUUUAAACACACUGCUAAUCAGUAGUCACCCUCAUAUGAGAAUUGUGGUUAUGUCUGGCAUAGUAUCAUGCCAUGCUGAAUUCUUGGUUCUAACUAUUUUAGCUGCAUAGCCUAGGUAUUACUGAUAGGAGCCUUUAUGAAAAGUGUGUUAAAUCUUGUUCCAGAAAGUAUUUAAGUAUUUAUUCCAAAUUGGUUAAGGUUACUGUUGAAUAAGUUAGUUUCUAUAAGAUUUACACAAAUCUAAUGCCAAUUACUAAAAUCAACACUUAGGUUAGGCCUAUCAGCUCAAAAAAUAUUUGUGUGUAUCAUGUACCAACCUCAGAAACCUUUUGUUUCAAAUUUGGUGAGGACUAGGCCUAGCAAAAGUGAAAACUAAGAUUUAAAGACAUGUUUACUUUAGGAUUUUGAUUUGAGAAACCAGAACUUAAAUAGGUAAAUACCUGAAAACAAUUUGCUGAUGGCAUCAAUCGUGAACCUCAAAAUGACCUGAUAAGCAUUUGAGACAUAUUUGCUCUAAGUCACCAAGUACAAGUUUUGGUAUUCUGUUGAUUCCCACUAAUUAUUGACUCAAGUAAUGGUUAUAGAUGGAGGCCAUCAAGUAAUAGUGAAAGUGAAAUAGUUAUUGAGUUCGAAGACUACCAUUACUGACUCAAACAUCAACCAUCUUUAGUAGCCUAGCCUGUGUCGGCCCGCCAUACCAAGCAUUCAGCAAUCUAUCACAUCCACAAGUAGUUUUACCGCAGCUGUGUCAGGAAGUCCACAAUGGCUUGCAGUCUAGCCGACUUUCCGUCACUCCCAGAAGGGACUCAGAUACCAAUGUGCCUAAUUGAAGGAAAGGUCCAGUACAGCACUCCCGAUUUUACCAAUGUUCACAUUUACACAACUUCGGUUUCUUCUCAUCCACAUGUUUUAAUUUCCAAUGAUGUGUUGCAUCCAGCAAUGUCUAAAGAAGACAGUAACCGAGUUUUUCUGCCAGUCUCACAAACGCUUUGGAAAAAACUACAGCAAUCAUGGUAUGAAAAGGGGUUUGUGUCAAUGUUAGAAAUUGCUUCCAACCCAAAAGAGAACCAAGGCUUUUUCGUUUUAGAAUUUGUAGCAAAACGAACAUUGUCUGCAUUGAAAGUAGCAUCUAAAUUUUACAGCCUUAUCCCAGGAUAUAAAAAGAAGGAAAGUGGAGAAGUACUUGCACCGAUGUUGUCUCAAAAUCCAGUUUAUUCUACAAGUAACAUACGCUGCUUGGCGUGGCAUCCACACUGCAUAAAGCUAGCAGUUGCUGCAAGUGAUGACUCUAUUAGGAUAUAUUCAGAAAAUUCCCAACUCAUUCCAUUACUUAAAUGCAGAGGGCAACAUUUGAUAUCUUCAAUGGCUUGGAGGCCUCUGUGCGCAUCUGAACUGGCUGUGGGCUGUGAACUGGGGGUUGUGAUCUGGCAUAUAGACCCUAAUUCAGUCAUCACUCGCCCCUCAGCAGCCAAUACCCAAGUCUUGAGUCGACCCAACCACACGUAUGUCACAAGCCUGGCCUGGAGCCCUCAUGGUGACCUGCUUGUGAGUGGCAGUGCGAGUGACAACACCAUGUAUGUCUGGGCAGUCGGCUUGGACAAGGCUGUGCCACUCAAGAGAGUUGGAGGCGGAGGAAUCAGUUUUGUUUCAUGGUCGCCCGACUCUCUCAAGCUGUUUGCAGCAACCACUAAUUUGGUCUUCAGAGUGUGGGAGACGUGUCAAUGGGAGCCUGAUCGCUGGACUCUGGCUACAGGUAGAGUCGUGUCAGCUGUCUGGUCUCCCUGUAGCUCCCUGGUGCUGUUCGCAGUGUCCCUCGAACCUGUCAUCUACUGUCUGAGCUGCGGUGUAGCGAGCAGUGUAUUCCAGUCCGAGGACAGGCGAGGAGCCACACCCCUCAUCGACCUUACACCUGUUGAACUGGACUCAGGGGAAAGAGUUGGUGGUGAAGUUAGCAGCCUGGCUUGGGACAAGAAAGGAUGUUAUCUUGCUGUGACAUUUAAGAAUUGUGAUAUAAUCGCUGUUUUUAUGACAUCUUUUGUACAAAAUUUGAAAGUGUCCCCUUGUUGUUUUAUAAGAGGUCUGGUUAGUGAAUCUCCGGCUGUAAUCGCUUUUCAAGAAAAUUUCGCGGAGGGUGCCAAUCUUACAAUUGGAUGGUCAAGUGGACGAGUUCAAUAUUUUCCUAUAGUAUUUACUGAGCUACACUCGAAUGAGAAAAGCUACGAGGCCGACAUGUUGGCUUAUGAUCUUCCUGAUGUGUCAACUACAUUUACACCUUCUGCCUCAUUUGUAGGAUUCAGUUAGCUUAAAUCUUGUAAAAAACAAUUGUCUCUGAAAAGAUAUAGUGUUAAUAAUGUGCCUUAGUAGACUUCAGUUUUAUUUAUAUUUAUUUUGUAUUAUUAAAGGAUUUUUAAAUUAA